CCCGCCGUAUAUCGCAUCUGAUGUCAACAUUUGCUGAGUUCACUGCUGUUGGUGACAGGUUCUAUAAGAGAAAAACGUCUGGCACAAUAUUGACGAUUUUUGCGAUACUACCACGCUGCGAUUUCAGUAAUUAGCUUCUUUACAAGAUACAAGAUGUCAUUCAACCCGUUUGAAGGUGCUGGACAGAUAGAAGAGCCAGCCAUCAUAGUGUACAAGCUAAAGGUUUCAGGAAGAAGUUCGUCACGCAACUCGACACCCGGUUCUAGUCCACGAACGUCUCCUUCGCUUCAACGGAAAAGACUAUCUCCACAGCCUAGUACUGUCAAAGUGAAGCCACCUGGUUUCCAUGCGAAUGCUGACUUGGUAGAAGAUGACGAGAGCGAGCACAAGUCUUCGCUAGCACCACGAAACCUGGACCAAGCGUUGGCUUCGAAAGACAGUGAUGUAAAGCAUGUAGCCAGAAACCUGGACAAAGCAUUGGCUUCGAAAGACAGUGAUGUAAAGCAUGUAGCCAGAAACCUGGACAAAGCAUUGGCUUCGAAAGACAGUGAUGUAAAGCAUGUAGCCAGAAACCUGGACAAAGCAUUGGCUUCGAAAGACAGUGAUGUAAAGCACGUAGCCAGUAGCCAACAUGAAGGCGAGGAAUGCUCGGCUGAGUGUGUCAGCAUUGACAAGCCGUCCAGUGAUGAUCUUCAAAUUCCGCUCACUCACUCUGAAAACAUUCUGUCGGCAGAUCAUCAAACAGCGCCAGACUCUGAGUCAACCUCAAGUGCCAAUUGCAGCAAAUUGACAUUGUUGACUGAAUCUGAGAGUGAAUCCGCAGAUUGGAAGCCUGUAGACAUAUCGGGUUUACCGGCUGACCCACCAAAAGCGGCAUUGAAUUACGAGAAAAAUGUCCCUCCUUGUAUGUCUACGAGUGAUUCCAACCCUACAUCCGAGUUAGCCAGUCAAUCGGUGAUGACCGGAACCAGUAGCAAUGCACAGCCGCACGCUAGUCAAUCGAACAGCGUUGCUGGUUUACCUAUGAAAUCUGCAGUGAAAGACGCUGCAAAGCUACCGGCGAGCAGCACUCAGAUGUCAGUCAGACGGCAGGAUGAAGUAAAGAAGCAUUUUGUCGACUGGAAAGUAGGUGGCUAUUCAGCAUCUCUGUCCUCAACCUCACCUGGCGAGGCAAAUACCGCAAGCUUGAGGUUGGCACAUGCUCUACCGAUUAAGGGGGAAGAAACAGCAAUUACCUCUGCAAAACACCAACUUGGCCAUAAACAUGGAUGUCGGAGUGAAGAUACACUAUCCACGGUCAGUGAUGGCACAGCUGGUCCUGUUUCUUCUCUGGUUCGCAGUGACGACAGCUUCCUUAAUGCUGAGCUUGGUCUUACUGAGGAUCAUUUCUCACUCCCAGAGGGCCACUUUGGCAUGAGCACGUCCGAGGAGCUUGAAAUGGCCGUUGAGAACUGCAAAGAGCUCAUACUGAAUACACCUGUAAAUAGUACUGAUAGACGAAAAGCACUGGUUCAGAAGCUAGUACAGCUCAGACUUAAAUUACUGGAAUUAAAGGAUGAAGGGGUAAUCGAAGAGGAACCGGAUGUGAAAGUGGUGCUGGGUCAUAAGUUCGUCAAACGAGAGCAAAGCAAGAGCUACCAGCAUCACUGUGAGAAAUGCUGCACGCUAAUCUGGGGGAUGCUGCAGCUGUGGUACAGAUGCAAAAAAUGUGGUUUCCGUUGUCAUGGUAAAUGCCUAAACCUCAUAACAAGAACUUGUGCCAGUGUAAAGGUUCAUGAGAAUCCAGUAUAUAUACUAAAUAUCUGCCCAGAAGUGGGCUUAGAUACCCAGAACUACAGGUGUGGGGAUUGCCACUGUAGAUUACCUUUCGGUAUGUCUAAUAGCAGAAAUAACUCAGAUGGAGGCACAAGUCCCCAAAAGCAGUGUGACUACACUGGGCUAUACUACUGUAGGGAUUGUCAUUGGAGCGAUAUGGUUCCAAUACCAGCCAGAAUUCUUCACAACUGGGACUUUGAACCUAGAAAGGUGUGUAGGGCUUCUAAGCAAUACCUCAGGUUGAUGCAGAGAAAGCCAGUGAUCAGACUUCAGGAUAUCAAUCCUAUGAUGUUCAACUUUGUUGAUGAAUUAGGAAGAUUGAAGAAACAAAGAGAAGAAAUUAUCAUUAUGAAGAGAUAUUUUCUUGCAUGUAAAGAUGCCCUGGUCAGUGGAAUACUUCUACAGCUGGUCAGUAGACAGCAUUUCGUUGACAAUUCUGACAUGUAUGCACUCCAAGAUUUGAUCGAUCUCGAGUCAGGCACUUUGCUAGACAAUGUGUUGGAGGUCCAUGGUGCAUUUGUCAAACACAUCAAGUCUGAAUGCCAAUUAUGCCAAGCGAAAGGCUACAUCUGUGAGCUGUGUGCAGAAGAGGACGUGAUAUUCCCAUUCGAUGACCUCGCGAUCGUUUGUGAUGGAUGCUCAGCUGUUUUCCACAGGAGCUGCUUCAGAAACUCCGGUCAGCAGUGUCCCAAAUGCCGCCGACGGUCUCAUCGCGUUGAUGAACCCUCCGGAUCGAGCAGACUGCCACUAGCACUAGGUGACGCCAUAGCCUGAAGCAAUUACGCGAGAGCAGAGAGAGGUGGAAGACAUUGGAAGCACAGAGCCAAGCAGUGGCGUGCGUUGCGAGAAUGUGGCAUGGAGACUUGAAUCUAGAAUGGAGACAGUGAAGUUGUCUAGACGGCAUGAACGAGCAUGAAGUACGUCCUCAAUACGAUGACAGGAAGCAUUUCUACCCAUCACGUGGGAACAUGGAUCACUCCAUAAACAUGGCGGAGAAAACAUGGAACACUUGCUAUAACCCUAACACGCAACACACUUUCAUAUGAUAUGGAAACUUGGAAGACUUUCCCACUUGAGAAGCAUAGAUCUUAAAUGAUUACAAACGGCAGGAAUACCUCUUACCCAAUCAUGAUAUAGAGGUGAAUGUAUCCGUGCAAAUUCAUAUUAAAUAUGCAUUGGACACUUGUAACCAUAACAUCAGUACAGGGGGGCGAGAAUGGUUAAUCGAGAAGAGAAUGAUCUAAAUGCCUUCACACGGCCAAAAGAUAAUUGUGGAGAUGUUACAGCCGUAACAAAUCAUAUACCUCCGAUUUGUUUUUCUUACACAAUUUUGUGUCGUCAUCGUCAAUCGUCAAUCGUGUAUUGUGCCAAGCGCUGAUUGAUAUAUUCACUGCGAAGUGAAAGGGUAGAGUGAAAUUUGAAUGAGGUUCACUCGAUCUCAGGAAGAUUGGUGCUGGUAUUUAGUCAUUGGUCGGAUGCAGUCAGACAAUGUAUACUUUGGUUAUAUAGUGAUCAAUAGCGUCCUUCUCUGUUGAGAUUAGAUUUCGUUUCGCAGUAUAUAGUAAGACAUUGGAGUGUAUUUUAGAGGGUUGCCGGUGGCACCAGAGUAUGUAAUGGUAACUUGUUCCAGGCUGGUCCUCGCGUAAGUGUCACCAUAGUGUUACACACUACCCCCACGCCAUUCGACCUGGCAGUCAUUUGUAUUGAUGGUAAAACAGGACAACAACACUAAGCUCACAUUCCAGAAUGAAUGACGUGGUUGUUUUCGAACGUGACUAAUUGAUAACGGUUUAAAAGUUACACCCAGUAGCUAUGUAAUCGAAUUUUACUGUCUGCCCUGUCACUUGCUAAGUAGUUAACGAUUUGUCAAAAGUGAAAGAAUGUUUAGAAAACUUUCCCAUCGGUCCAAUUCUCUCUCUAGGCGUGAGCGUUUGUGCGUGAUGUUACAAACUAUUUCGGUCGAAAUAUAUUUCAAAUCGAAAGCCAGACGUAUCAAAGACAUAGUAAAUCGUAAGCGUAGACAGGUAGGCGUAUUGUUGGGUAUUUUCGAAUUGAAGAGAAAAAUUGGGCGUGGGUGUCACCCGGCGGAGCACGAAACGCGUCACGCAGACAUUCGCACAGAAAGAGUGUUCGUGUUUACUGAAUGCUGUCACUGUUGCGCGUGUUUUUAUUUCCGUUUUAAUAAACGCCGAUGAAUUCAGAUUCUCGUGCGUGGUGGAUGUUGGCCGCCUGGCCUUCACCUACAUCCGAUAAGGGGUACGACGCAGGCGGAACUAUUUCACGGGCGGAGAUUGCGCGCGUCAGGCCCCCCUUACGUAAUAUGGGUUGCAUGGCUUACGGAUGAUGCCGAUGAUGACGACGAUGACGCGUGUGAAGGCUACGUGUGAAGAAGCACUGGGCUGUGUGCCGUAGAGCUAGCGAGCGGUAUUAUAGGUGUGCGGGCGAGAGGCGGUGUGGAAAGACUCAGCAGCGCUGACACAGACAACGACGGCGAGACAGACGCCCACUGUUUAGCAGACGAUUAGCCGCUUCCCUUCGGCGGCACACGGCAGGGGGGGAAGCGAGCAGCGGCUUGCUUGUCUCACUCAAUGCAUACCAGCGCCGUCGACACACGCGUUUAAUAGACUCGUUUGUUGACGAAAUCGAAAGGUCGUGGUAGGCGGGAGCGGUGGUUCAUUGCAAGCAGACAUUACCUCGAUCACAUAUUGAAACUGCCGAUCGUGUAGUUGCGAAGAAAGUGUCUGUGAUAUAGCGUCGGUUUGCCGGUCUGUACUUGUCACUAUGUUGCUCCCUGACUAGUGAUGCUACUAUACCCGCAGCAUGGAGAGCGCGAGGGUGGGCUGAAGGCGGAUUACACGAUGUGAUAUCUCGGCUAUUGUUGGUGGUGUAAUUAUUGUUAAUAAUCCGCUGGUAAUUACGGCAAUUUUAUCUGAUUAUUUAUUAUUCUCACCGCGGUGAAACUAUAGAGUGUACUAUUGAGGUGGUGAAGGGCUGUGACUAGGUGUUUUCGCACUAUGCUACACUUUCCAGUGAGCAAAUACUGCAAUUGUCGGCUGCGUAAUCUUGUGGUUAUGUGCGAUGAUGGAAAAAAUAAAUAUUUUUCAUUUGUAAGAUUUAUAGCUA